GACCAAUAUUUUACAUAAUAACUAUAUGUGGCCACUCCUCAUCAUUCUCUCCCACUCUCAAGGUGUGUGGAAUACACUUCCCUGAUGGCAGACCAACGAAGGAACACCCAUACCCUUCAUUGCAUAUGGGAUAUGAUAAAGCAACGCUGUCAUCUGGAAGACCCCCCCCAAAGAGAAGACGUGAUGAGCCCGUAACAGACAACACAUCACAUGACGAACACGAAGGAAUGGAUUCUGAAGCUGAAAUUAAUGUCACCAAUUUGGUAAACCCUCAACCUCUGCAGAAAUGUGAUGUUGGCAUUCAGUGUCCAGAUACUGCAGAUCAUAACUAUUGUUCCUUCAAGACAACAAAAGACAGUGCUACACAAACUGAUCCUGCACCUUCAGUGUCAGCUUAUGAUCUGGAUGACAGAAGCUCAAAGUUUUUCACUGGCCUAGGUAUUGACAGUUUUUGGCAACUUUUGUACACCAUCAUUGCUUUUCUCCCACAGCCAAAAAUUAUGAAGUUGCCAGUCCAUGAACAACUAUUAUUAGUUUUAAUGAGGCUUCGUCUUGGUUUGAUGUUUACAGACUUGGGUAAACGGUUUGGGAUAAGCAGGAGCACAGCCUUUGAGAUCUUCACAAUGUGGAGACCAGUACUUGCAAAGUUUAUGAGAGAAAAAGUAAUUGCUUGGCUGCCUAGAGAUACUCUGAAAAGAAUAAGACCUCAGUGUUUUAUUGAAAACUAUCCCAAAGCGACAUGCAUCAUAGACUGCGCAGAAAUAUUUGUACAAAGGCCGAAGAACCUCAGGAAACGAUCACAAACCUACAGCAACUACAAACAUCAUAACACCUACAAAAUUCUAUAUUGCAUAGCCCCCAAUGGUUAUGUGAUGUUUGUGUCAAAACUGUUCGGUGGCAGAGCCAGUGAUACUUUUAUCACAAAGAACUGUGGUUUUGUUGACCAUUUGAUUCCCGGUGAUCAGAUUUUGGCAGAUCGUGGAUUUACAAUCACGGAUGCACUGCCUCCAGGAGUAACUUUAGCUCUUCCGGCAUUUACACGUGGCUGUAAAGAACUCCCAGAGCAUCAAGUUACAGAAACGCGCCGCCUGGCCAAUGUCAGAAUCCAUGUUGAACGUGCAAUUAGAAGGUUAAAAUGUUUCAAAAUUUUGAGUAAUGUAAUCCCUGGUAGAGUAAAAAAUGUUGAUGACAUUGUUAGUAUUUGUGCAGGCCUGUGUAACCUGCAACCUGAGUUGAUUCGGGGGGAAACUCAGGAAGACAAGGACUUGGAAAUAGAUGAAGGUAGAGAUAUUGAUGAGCAAGAGGGAGACGGAUAUUUGUGGGACAUUGCAGAGGAUAUUGAGGAAAACUAAGACUGAUGUACAGUAUUCUCCACAGUUCAUCGGGAGAAAAGAUGAGCACACUGUAAUUUUUUUAAAUGUUUAUUAUCAGCUGUAUUUUGUAAAAAGUUAAAUGAAGCAUCAACAUUUCUGAACACCUUUGUCAACGUUUUCCAAAAAAAUAUAAAAAAUGUAGGAAUAAGUGAACUAAGAUUGAACCAACAACUGUGUUCCAUAGAUACGUUAAGUGACAGUUGUCAUACUUCAUUUGUUCUUGUUUCAAAAGUAAUAUUUGUCAUUUUGCUUACAAUCAUUUUGUCCUUGUU